UACGUGUGUAUGUAUUAUGCACAGUGCUUCAUGUUGUACAGUAUGCUGCACAAAGGCCUAUAGAUCAAUAGUCAAAGCAUCCUUAUAUAUUUUUUAUUCCACUCUCGGGAUUAUAUGCACUGCACUCUCCAGCUACAGUCAAGGUAUUCAGGAUGGUUGGUUAGCCUGUCCUUCCCUCCACUUGCUUGCUAGAAGUACGAACAAUUUAGGCCACCCUAUUUUCCACCGUCACUCUUACCCUAUCUAUAAUAUACAACAUUCUGUUCCUUUUGCACUGUAGCAUACUGGCUUAGUAUUGUGUGUGUAAACAAUUUAGAGGGGGAAUCCCAGAAAUUCCCCUAGGAAAUGAAUUCUAGGGUAAUAUUAUAAUUAUACAUACCUGGCACUUUAUACUACAACUACACCAUAUGUCAAGCAACUUUUUUAAUAGUCUUAUAUACAGCUAUGGAUGGAUGGUAACCCAACUUCCCCCAUUGCAGAAUAUUAAGCCCCUUAAGGCCAUGAUAUUCUAUGGAACUUUGCUGCGUGAGACAAAGUUGCACGCAACUUGCAAAAUAAUUUAUGUAUGUCUCAACAACUUGGGU